AUUAAGCGUGUGUAGGUUGAUGGGAAGGUAGCAAAAUGGCGGCGUUAUCUGCACGUUGUAUUAGAUCAAUUGCUCGUGUUUCGGUGCAAAUAUCGAAAACAGCUUUGAAUGCGAACAGCGCGACACAAGCAAGAAGUUUGUCCUCUGCAGUGGGAAAGUCCAUUCUUCAAGACUGUGGAUUGCUCAAGACGAUAGCAAGGGAUAAUGUAGUUAGAAAUCUUGCCAGGAGACACACAAGAUUAUCAGCAGCAGUUAGUGAGUAUAUUUUUGCAUGUCUUAAAUUACUUUAAGAUUCAGGAAACCAUGAACACUGAAAAUUCAUUAUAUUUGGCCAAUUGUGCUCUGACCAUUCACAGUUAAGUGUCGGGCACAUGAGUAAACCUCAAACCACAAAUUCCUUACAGCUGCUGUUUAUGGUUUAGUUUUCUGACACCUGACUGGCUUUUUCCACAAAACGGCAUAACCUUUAGUAACUAUUUCUUGUGUUCACAGUUUUCUAAGUUUCACAAAAAAUUAAAGCCAGUAAGAAAAAAAAGUCACACAGAGUUACAUAAUAUGCAUGGGUUUUAAUCUGGACUUAGUGACUGACUUUAUUUAAGGCUUGCUUAAAAUUGAAAAUAAAUGACAACUUAAUCAAAAUUGUGUAUUAUGUAACUUGAUCUAAGGCAAGCUUAAAAUUGAAAGUUACAACUACUUUAUCAAAAUUUAUAUUCAGGGGCAAUCUUGAGAAUUAUGAAAGAGAUGGUAUAAAAAUUGUGGUGAGAUCACAAAUUCACUUGAGAGACUCUUUGUUAAUCC